AUGGAAUCGCCCUCCCACUACUUUUGUCUUUUUCUCUCUGUUGAAGGGUCUAAUGAAGACAGCUUAAAGCAGUUUUAUGAAAAUUCUAUUGUUCAAUAUCCAAGUUUUAAAUUUAAUUUUUCUAAAAUUCAAGAAUUUCACAAUAGCGCAUCAAAAAUUAAAUCGAUACAAACUUUUCCUGCAAUUGCAGCGCAUAAAAUGAAAAGCAAAUCAAAGAAACAACAAACACAAGCAAAAUCUAUCCAAUGGACCGUAAACAACCCACAAAAAACACCUCAAACUGAUACGAAGUCAAAACUAAAUAGUUCACAAGAAAAAGAUGAACUAAAGAAACUAUUCCCGGAUUGGCUCAACGAUGAAACUGUCACCAUUCUUGUUGAUCUCAUUUUCAAUGCUAAGAAGGGUUCUCCUAAUCACCACUCAUUUUAUUCACCAACACUGGAUUUUGCAUUUCAUUUGUUUUGUCAAUCUCCCAAAACAUACAAAACACUGAGAACGGAAUUAUCUUUCCCAGCAAAAUCUACACUAUACAAUCACUUUGGAUUCCUAAUCGAUUAUGCUGAAGUCUGUCUGUUAGAUACUGAUGGGAUCGAAGAUCUGCUUAACAUAAUUAAAAAUACCAAAUAUUUCAUUUAUAAGGAUGAAAAUGAUAAUGAACAGGAAAUUAUUCCAAUAUAUACACUUGGAAUCAAUGCUAUAAUAACUACACAAUAUUCAGAUUCAACAGAUAGCGGACUGUUUGUUUUUGUGCUCAUGCCGCUAAACUACCAUGGGCCAAAUAUUAUUAUACAUUUGAUUGAGCAUGCAAAUGGUUGCUCAAAAAAAUUUUGGAUGAAAUCAAAGAAGUUAUAUUUGUUUUACGCGAAAUCAUCAAAUUGCCUUUUGUUAUAG